UGCAGCACCGGGUUGAAUACACAGAGCAUAUUGACAGACUUGUUUGGGACAGUUUCUCGGAAAUCGUUUAGCUCGCUUCCGGGCGAAAUUUAGCGAAGAUUAGCAGCGGACUACUUCGGGAUCAGAAUAUCAACACGGUGUUCCAGAAUUGGCCACAGUCAUGAAUGAUACCACGUCACUCCACGUAUAUAACAAUACGAUCAGUUUUGGUGCAUCGAUUACCAGCGACCGGUGAUUGUCAGGUGGAACAUCGACAUCCAUCGUGUCUGGAAACGAUACGGCUUAGCGACUGCCGGUCGAUGUGAUUCUCCAUAUGGAAUUGAAUCAUUUUAUGUCCUUCGAAUCAGUAUUAUCAGCGGCCCGACGCUAUCUACAUCCCGAGACUGGUCGUAUAUUUCCUCGACACUACCGUAUGCAUUUGUUGGGUAUCCAUUCCGGAAAGUCGUUGCGUCACACCCAUUGUGAUGUUUGGACCGACUACAAAAUGUCCGCUUUACACCGUGCGUCACUUUGCAAAGUACAUCUCAUGGAUGUUUCAGCCGCUCUGGGAUCUGACGCUACUGACUCAUGCCACAUAUUAACUUCGACGCCGUGUGUUCUCUACGACCUCGAUUUGUUGCAACUGACUCGGAGUAAAUCAGACCACAGCACUGCCUUCCCAUCUUUACGCGAGUAUCCGUUCUCCUUCACCGUUGGCACUUCUUCUGAGUCGCAAGCCAGCGUUGUGUUGGACGCCGUCGUCGCUUAUUUUGACGUUCGGUUUGACGAUGAUGCACCGACUCCGUCGAGUUUUUCCACAUCUCCGUCUUCUGCUCAAACGCAUUGGAAACAUGCAGUCCUUUUUCUCAAUACACCCAUCCAAGUCGAGCACGGUGAUCUUGUUACCGGAACAGUUUCCAUUCAUCGUCGGGCAGACCCUAAGUGUUCUUUGGAUCUACAACUUUGUGUGAACGCUUUGCGUGAUCAACCGGCUCUUCGACAGCGCUACUCGUUCGAGUGUGCUUUUCGUGAGCCCCAGUUUGACAGCAAACGGUGGAUCAAUGAGGCGCUAAAAUCCGCUACGGUGGAGCACAAUGUACAGGAGAAAGCAACCGAUUUAGUCCUCCAACUUCAAGGUCAGCUGAAGGAGGUUAUGCAGACUUUGGACCGGACCCGACAAGAUAUUAUGAUUACUGUGCCUCGAGUCCUACGUGAAGUUGAGGCGCUUAAAUCAGAUGCCCUCACGCUUGGCUCUGAGUUAGAGCAGUUGAAAGCCUCCCUCAGUGAAGUGAACGCUGGCGGCCAGCAAACUAUCACUCGUCUGGUCGAACUCGAUCGGGAAAGGCGCAAUGCACAAGCGGCUGCUAACGCAUUGCAGGAAACUGUUCGCUGGUCGAAUUUGGUGAAUGGGAUCGAUGAAUUGCUAGAGGCUGGUGAGCUGGAUCAGGUAUGCUGCAGUCUUGAAGGAAUGGAACAGUGCCUAACUGCUCUUAACCUACUUUCUGAUUACUCUGAACGCAUGACUCUCCUGGAGCGACACAAAAAUUCCUUGGAGGCCUUGAUUGCACCGCAGAUAAUUCACGCGUUGGAUCACACCACAGCGGACGCUUGGAGUCGUCUGGAUGAUACUGAGCAUGUGGACCGAGAGGCAAAGCACCUGAUCAACUUGUUGCACCGGAUAGGGCGAGAGGCGGCGGCCAAGAAUUAUUAUACCAAUUGGUUAAAGUUGCAGUUGAAAUCCUAUUGGGAGAAGAGCAGUCAACCACAACAGGCGUCCAUAGGUCCUGCACCACAUCGUUUUGUAGAGAAAAUGUUGGCGUUUGGACCAUCUGAGCCACCCGACCACACUUUCCUGUCAGGAGACGCUUCCUCGCAAUGCACCCAGUCCCUCAGUCCUAUCCUUCUGACUUUCUAUGCCUGCAUGAUCCAGCUGUUUGAGCACCAAGUUCAAUGUCAUCUGUUUGGCGCCUCUCACCCAAUGGUUUUGAUGAAAGCUUUCACCGAUGCGCUCGAGUCGCUACACAGCACACGGACCACUUUUGUCCUCGGAUCGACUGUGGAUUCUGCCGAUCUGGGGGGAACCCACCGAGCUGAACAAUUAUCCAGUUUGCUCAAGAUUUCACUCAGGUGCUGCUCAUUGCUUGGGGACAUCCUCAGUUCGCAGUUCCCAAACAUGGACGCACCUGCAUACCGCGAUGUUUGCGGGCAACUAGUGCACGCAAUCCUAUCUCCAUUUGGUGCAAUCGUGGACACGUUUGGCCGGCAGCUACGGAAGCGAUUUGAGGAUGAGUUGAGCAGGAUUCAGUUGAACACCGCCGAGCAACACCACUUCUUGGAUGGCCUAGCCCAGACCAUCUCUUCAUCAAUCCAACUGAUUCACACAUCCAUUCAAAGUUGUUUCGAUCUCACAUUGGGCAUGGGCUUGCCACAUCUGUUCAGCAGUAUUCAGUUCUACUGGGUCACUUUACUUGCCAAAUGGACGAUCGCCAUCGAACGAUCUGGGGAGCACCUCAUCAAUACGGAUGCUAAGGGUGGCCACAGCCAGACAACUGGGUUUGUUUGCGCCCUCCGGGUGGCCACACUGACCGGCGAACUCAGUUUGAAGGCUGACGCAUUUGUGGAGAACUUGAUGGACAAAUCAGCUGACUUUUUGUCCAAAGUUUUUACCCCGUCUGACAGUUCUCCGCUUUUGGGUAUCGGUAUUUUUUCUACAAGCCUGUACACUGAAGAUUGGAACUCCAUCUGUUCUUCGGAUUGGGCGUUACUCAACCAGCUGGCUCUCUCGCUCCCUUCUGAUUGCCUUGACGCUCUGCAAUCUAUCGCUCACCCCAGUGACCGCAUCGAACAACUCGACGGAUCCACCAUUCCUCGUUUGCAAACCAGUCUGAGUAGCCUACACCGGACAAACGUGACCGCUUGUCGGGCCGCUGUGCUUAUGCUCCGGCGCGUGGCUCUGGCUCCAAUUCGCCAGUUUUUGCAACCGGUUCCCUCGCUACCUGUUUGGUCCACCAAGCCAGAUAGCGGAGAUGACACCUUACCGGAUUUGGCCUAUUUACCUCAGGAUUACAUCACCCGUGUCGGUCAAUACUUACUCGUUCUAUUUGACCACUUGGAGCCGUAUAUGUGCAAUGGCAACGAUCCGGAGCUUUCUGCACCAAGAGAUUCUUCUGACUUCACUCCUAGUCAGGCCUUGACUGAAUGUCUACAUUUGGGUAACCUCGAAGCGGCGAGCAUACCUGCUAGGGUUGCAUCUACCGGUCACAGUGAGGCGGAAGCUCACACUUCCAACUUACGACGUCGAUUGGUCAGCCUGACCCACGAUUCACGCAGAUGCACUGAGAUCGACGGUGGACUUCCUGUGUUUCGUUGGUUUGAAAGCUUCGUAUCCGGCACUGCAUGUGAUUUGCUCGCAACAAACAUGCUGCGCAUUGGGGACGCGGCGGUAGCUCGCACGGAAAGUCGCUUGAGUCGGGGCCAACGCGGUGACGACACUGAGGAUGAGAGCGAACUGCGACGCCACGAACUCCUUACAUCACAUGGAGCAAAACAGUUGGAGGUUGAUCUCGGCUAUUUACAACACCUGCUGGACGACUUAGGCCUCAGUUUCCCAGGUCACUUGCAAGCUCUCCGCGAACUGAUUAGCUGUCCAGCCGAUCGAUUUGCCAGUGUCAGUGCAAGUCGACCGCCGUCGAUUGUAAAUGCGAUCGCGAGAAUUCGUGGUCUGUGACGCUCGUGUGUCUUGGCUGUGCUAUAACUGUUCUCUUAAUCUACUGGCUUCCUUUUAACCUGUUUCUUCUUUCCCUUGUUACUUUGUAAGCAAGCGGUUUUCAGCUUGUUCUCUUCUUUUAUCUCCUCUUCAGUUUGAUGUCUUCUCCGAUGAAUUUGCAUGAGUCGGGACACUUCGUUCACAAUAAAAUAGACUUUGUUUUGCAUGUAUUUGUGGAUUGUCAUGUUUAUAAAAGAUACGUUGAUUGUUGC